AUGGGUGGUGGGAUUGGAGGUGGUGCUCAAGGAGGAGGUGGAGGGUUUGGUGGAGGUGGAGGUGGUGGCGGAGGAAUAGGUGGUAGUGGUUCUGGUUCUGGUUAUGGAGCAGGAUUUGGUGGUGGGAUGGGAAGUGGUUCUCAUGGAGGAGGUGGAGGGUUUGGAGGAGGUGGAGGUGGAGGUGGAGGAACAGGGGGUGGUUCUGGUUUUGGAGAAGGAUUUGGUGGUGGAUUUGGAGGUGGUGCUCAAGGAGGAGGAGGAGGUUUUGGUGGCGGAGGCGGUGGUGGAGACGGAUUGGGUGGAGGAUCUGGUAGUGGAUUUGGAUUUGGUGCAGGGUAUGGUGGUGGGAUAGCACAGGCAGCCGUGGAAGAAUUCAUGGUGUAA